AUGCAUCAAGGCCUAAUCGAAUUCUCUACUUUAGUUCGCGAGCUUCGGUUGAUACUGGACGCGGAGGAGCAUGAAUAUCUCGUGCCCAAUGAAGCAAUUAUCGGCUUCUACCUCUCUGUGGAUAGUGAUCGAGAUCAGCCCAUAUCCUCUCGAAUGGGCUUGAAGCAAUAUGAGAGAUCCAUAGACAUCCUACAACCAACUCCAGAAAGUGAUGAACUCUUUGUGGGUUCCCAGUUUCAUACUUUCAUUCAAGUCGGUUUCUCUGACACUCCAAUUCCAAUUAAGACUUUAACGAAAUCUAAGGCCAAUCACUUUCGAUCUGUGAUCCGCUCGGUGGUUCAGGUUGCCAAGCCCAUCUUCAGUUCCAGCUUACUUCAAUUAAAAGAGCCAGUCACCUUUACUGCCACCUCCAGAAUUGCAAAGGGCCGUCUGGUUCAAAAGUGGGCUUAUCUCCGACUCGAAAAUGCCUCCGCCGCAGUUGUGAUUGAAAGCCUAGCACUCCGACUUGGCAAUCUCAAAAAAGACUUCGAUGAAAUGCUGCAGAGAUUGAGCCGUGUUCAAUCAUCUGAGAGAGAAGGAGCCGUUAAAUCGGCUCUCUUCAUUCUAUCCUCUUCUUCCUAA